AGUCUCAACCGAGUUUGAGAGAAACGGGAGACUUGAGGGCUCAAGUCGCCAUGUACCUGGGGAUCAGAAAGGGGAAAUUAAAGACGGUAAGCCCCGCUCCCUCAGAUUCACUUGGAAUAUGAGAACCACCAGCUCCAUGGAGCCCUGCGACAUCAUGAGGGAGAUCCGCAAGGUGCUCGACGCCAACAACUGCGACUACGAACAGCAAGAGAGUUUCCUGCUCCUCUGCGUCCAUGGCGACGGGCGGGCCGAGAACCUGGUCCAGUGGGAGAUGGAGGUCUGCAAGCUCCCCCGUCUCUCCCUGAACGGCGUCCGCUUCAAAAGGAUAUCCGGGUCGUCCAUCGCUUUCAAGAACAUUGCUUCCAAAAUAGCCAACGACUUAAAACUAUGAACAAAAGGACUUAAAAGAUAAGUAAA